AUGGGUGCCCACGUGCACCCCCACUUAGGGGUCUGCCUCUGGCUGUGGCUGGGUGUUACCCUGGGACUUGGCCAGGAACAAGCAAAUGGCCGCCUGAAGCUAGCUGUGCUGCCCGAGGACCAGCUGCAGAUCAAGUGGACGGAGUCGGAGGGGGGUGGCCUUGGCUACCUGGUGCAGGUGAAGCCCAUGGCAGGGGACGUGGAGCAGGAGGUGAUGCUGACCACCAAGACCCCCAAGGCCACAGUGGGAGGCCUGAGCCCCUCCAAGGGGUACACCUUGCAGAUCUUUGAGCUCACUGGCUCAGGGAACGUCCUGCUGGCUCAGAGGGAGUUUGUGAUCGAGGAUCUGAGGAGUCACUCUGCGAGCAGAAGCAGCUGGAGGCCCCUGGGGGCAGCUCUGGAGCCCACACCUUCCCACAUGGGGAGCCAGGACCCUGACCCCCGAGUCAUCUUGGCCCCAAGCCAAGACCCGCCCGCUCUGGCUGGCCUCCAGUUCCAUUGCAUGCCUCCCACACCCGCCGACAUGAUCUUCCUAGUGGACGGGUCUUGGAGUAUUGGCCACAGUCACUUCCAGCAGGUCAAAGACUUCCUGGCCAGCAUCAUCGAGCCCUUUGAAAUUGGGCCGGAUAAAGUCCAAGUAGGCCUGACUCAGUACAGUGGAGACCCCCAGACCGAGUGGGACCUGAACACCUUCAGCACCAAGGAGGAGGUGCUGGCAGCCGUGCACAGCCUCCACUACAGAGGGGGAAACACAUUCACAGGCCUGGCCCUGACCCACGUGCUGGAGCAGAACCUGAGGCCUGCAGCAGGUCCCCGCCCAGAGGCAGCCAAGGUGGUGAUUCUCGUGACGGACGGAAAGUCCCAGGACGAUGCCUGUGCUGCUGGCCGCAUCCUCAAGAGCCUGGAUGUCGACAUCUUUGCUGUGGGUGUGAAGAAUGCUGAUGAGGCUGAGCUGAGGCUCCUGGCGUCCCCGCCACUGGACAUCACCGUCCACCACGUGCAGGACUUCCCCCAGCUCAGCACACUGGCCGGCCUGCUCAGCCGCCUAGUUUGCCAGCAGGUCCAGGGCAGAAGCCCACGUCCCGGCCCAGCAGCUCCUCCAACCCUGGACCCCCUCUCCGCUCCCACCAGCCUAGUCCUGACCCAGGUGACCUCCUCCAGCGUCCACCUGUCCUGGACUCCAGCCCUGCAGCCGCCACUCAAGUACCUGCUGGUGUGGCGGCCUUCUAGGGGUGGUGCCCCCCAGGAGGUGGAGGUGGAUGGGCCCAGCACGUCCACGGAGCUGCAUGGCCUGGCCUCCGGCACAGAGUACCUGCUGUCCGUGUUCCCUGUGUAUGAGGCAGGGGUGGGUGAGGGCCUACGGGGCCUGGUGACCACAGUGCCUCUGCCUCCGCCCCAGGCACUCGCCCUGGCCACAGUGACGCCCAGGACCAUCCACCUCACCUGGCAGCCCUCGGCGGGGGCCACCCAAUACCUGGUGCGGUACUCGCUGGCCUCCCCCAAGGGCGAGGAGGAGGGCAGAGAGGUGCAGGUUGGGCAGCCGGAGGUGCUGCUGGGUAGCCUGGAGCCGGGCAGGGACUAUGACAUCUGGGUGCAGAGCCUGCAAGGUGCACAGGCCAGUGAGGCCCGGGGCAUCCACGCCAGGACCCCUCCCCUGGCUCCCCCCACACCCUUGAUCUUCUCAGACGUGAGCCAUGACUCGGCCCGUGUGUCCUGGGAGGGCACCCUGAGGCCGGUGCAGCUGUUCAGGGUCAGCUACUUGUCCAGCAAGGGCAGCCACUCGGGGCAGAUAGAGGCUCCUGGCAAUGCCACCUCGGUCACCCUGGGCCCCCUCUCCUCCUCCACUACCUACACUGUCCGCGUCACCCGCCUCUACCCUGGGGGCGGCUCCUCCACCACGACCGGCCGCCUGACCACACGGAAAGUCCCCGGCCCGAGCCAGCUGUCCGUGACAGAGCUCCCUGGGGAUGCGGUCCGGCUGGCGUGGGCGGCCGCAGCGGCGUCCGGGGUGCUGGCCUACCAGAUCAAGUGGACGCCUCUGGGGGACAGGAAGGCCCAUGAGAUCUCCGUCCCGGGGAGCCUGUGCACGGCCGUCCUGCCCGGCCUGGGGGGGCCCUUGGAGCACGAGAUCACCAUCCUGGCCUCCUACAGGGACGGGGCCCACAGCGACCCCGUGUCCUUCCACUACAGCCCCAGAGUCAGCCGGAGCCCACCCUCCAACCUGACCCUGGCUUCUGAGUCACCAAACAGCCUACGGGUCAGCUGGACGCCCCCCACUGGCCACGUCCUCCACUACCGGCUCACGUACAUGCUGGCCUCAGGCUCCGGACCAGAGAAAUCAGUCUCUGUUCCAGGACCCAGGAGCCAUGCGAUGCUCCCUGACCUGCUGGCAGCCACCACGUACAGGGUCCUGGUCUCAGCAGUGUACGGAGCAGGAGAGAGUGUGGCAGUGACUGCCACAGGCCAAACGGCCUGCCCAGCCCUCCACCCAGAUGGCUCCCUUGCAGGCUUUGACCUCAUGGCGGCCUUUGGGCUUGUGGAGCGGGAGUAUGCCUCCAUCCGCGGGGUGGCCAUGGAGCCCUCCGCGUUUGGCUCGACCAGGACCUUCACACUCUUCAGGGACGCUCAGCUGACACGCCGAGCCAGCGACAUCCACCCGGCCGCCCUCCCGCCUGAGCACACAGUCGUCUUCCUCCUGCGCCUCCUCCCCGAAACGCCCCGCGAGGCCUUUGCGCUGUGGCAGAUGACAGCCGAGGACUUCCGACCUGUCCUCGGGGUCCUGCUGGACGCAGGCAGAAAGUCCCUGACCUACUUCAGCCACGACCCCAGGGCGGCCUUGCAGGAGGUGACCUUUGACCUGCCCGAAGUGAGGAGGAUAUUCUUCGGGAGCUUCCACAAGGUGCACGUGGCCGUGGGACACUCCAAGGUCCAGCUCUACGUGGACUGUAGGAAGGUGGCCGAGAGGCCCAUUGGGGAGGCGGGCAGCCCUCCCGCCACCGGCUUCAUCACGCUGGGGAGGCUGGCCAAGGCCCGGGGCCCCCGGAGCAGUUCGGCUGCGCUGCAGCUCCAGAUGCUGCAGAUCGUGUGCAGUGACACCUGGGCGGAGGAGGACAGGUGCUGCGAGCUCCCUGCGUCGAAGAACGGAGAGACCUGUCCUGCCUUCCCUCCCGCCUGCACCUGCUCCUCGCAGAUACCUGGGCCCCCGGGACCCCAAGGGCCUCCAGGCCUCCCUGGCAGGAAUGGAGCCUCAGGACAGCAGGGCUUCCCAGGACCCAGGGGUCCACCAGGGGUCAAAGGAGAGAAGGGGGACCAUGGACUCCCGGGCCUGCAGGGCGACCCCGGCCACCAGGGCGACCCCGGGGAGGCGGGCCUCCAGGGUCCGAAGGGCAUGAGAGGCCUGGAGGGCACCGCUGGCCUGCCCGGACCCCCUGGACCUAGGGGCUACCCGGGCAUGGCGGGAGCCAGGGGGACCAGUGGGGAGCGAGGACCCCCAGGGACUGUGGGGCCCACGGCAGUGACGCUGGGGCUGGUCUGCAGCAGGGAAAGUGGGGGGACCCUGCCAGGCCCAAGACAGGCAGCGCAUGUGCGGAAGUUGGACUCCUUCCCCCACAAGAGUGCCCGGCCCCCCAUGCCCAUCUUGGAGGCCCCUGGGCUCCCUGGAGAAGGGGGAAAUGGUGGCUCCCGCCCUGAGGACAGAGAUGCUGAGGUGGACGGAGAGGCUGAUUGA